AUGAAGACUUUCACAGUAAUGCUAGGAUAUAUUAUUGUUGCUACCUAUUCCUUGAUGCUUCCAGCUGAUUGGUCCGGUAUUGUCAAACCAACUCUCUUGGGUCUAAGAGACACCAAACUACGAUUAUCAAAUUCAUUACAAUCCCUAAUGACUACAAAAGGAUUGGGAUCUAGCUUUACACAAUUAUCACAUUCUCCUUCAAAUUAUACUUCUGCUUCAAUUAGUGAGUUUAAUAAAUCUAGUGUUGAUUCUGAUGAUUUGAUUUUUAUUCCCAAAGAAUUAAUGAAUCCACCUAUGUUUGCAACAUUAGGAUUAAAUAAUUUGUUUCAUGAUAUUCAAUGGUUAAAUUUAUCUAAUACCCAACAAUUAAUAAUUCCCAAAAUUACUGAAUUUCAAUCGAUGUUUAUAUUUAAUACUAGUGGAGAACCAAUUUUACAAUUUCCUAAUAGUGCAAAACAAAGAAUGAAUCAUUAUUCAAGUGGUUCUUUACAUAAUUGGGGGAAAGUAUUUAGUAAAUCAGUUCCAUUCACUUUACCUAAUUUAUUAGAAUUAGUUGAUUAUUAUAUGAUUAUACCAUCAAAUCAUUAUUUCGAUUCAUUGAAAUCAAAUCAUACUUCAGUUUAUAUUAAGAGUUUGAUAACUAUUCCUAGAGAGAAAUUACCAAUUUUCAGACCAAGCUUAACUGGUGACAAACCAAUGGUAGUUUUCAUGUUUAAUCAAACUAGUACAUCAUUUGUCAGUGACGAUAAAUUGAAAAAUACUCCAAUUUUCACUAUAAAGAAUUAUUUAGCCUAUCCUCAAGAUGUUUCCCAUAAAGUAUCAGCCAGUGUUUCCAAUUUCUUUGACAAAUUAGCCAAGCUGUGGCUCAAAUCAAUCAAUUAUGAAAGUUUAAUCCAUGCAGUAUAUUGUAAUUUAAAUGUAGCUGAUAAUCACAAAGAAGAAGAUAGUUAUUGUUUAAAGAUUCAAGAUGAUGAACAAAGUGUCCAUAUUUUCCCAGCAUUCUAUGAACUUGCAGCACCUUCCAUAAGUUCUUUCCUGCCCCAGCAAAGUUCUCAAAAAUCGCAAUUACUUCUGAACCAAGAAGUUGAACAACAACUGCUUCAUCAGACAUAUUAUGAUCUUAGGGAACAUGUUUCGAAUAGUCAUCAUUUGUUGAAACAAAAGACAAAACAAUUGGUAUCAAAACGUGAUAAAUAUAAUGAAGGAAAUAAUAGUACUGCCACAGAGAUUGAAUUACAAGCAUUAAGACAGAUUCAUGAUAAGUUAAGUCAUGGUGCUGGGAAAUUUAAUGAGUUUAGUUAUGAAUUUGUUCAUGAUCCAAAAGUAACUAUUGAAAAAGUUGAUGAAAAGGUUGAUAAUAAGGUAGAUGCUACUGUGACUAGAAUUAUAAAUAAAAAAGAUCACGUGAAAAUGAAAGCGGAUGAGAAGAAGACGGUUUUUAUUAAGGAAGUUGAAGAUAAAUUGGAUACUUUGGAUGAUAAAACUGACCUAAUUGCUGAUGCGAUCAAGAGAAAGAAGAAUGAAUUGAAGAAAUAUAGAAUCCGUCCUAAAGUUUUUGAAAAGCUGGAAGCUAUAACAUAUUAUACUGAUGAUGAUUGUGAUGAUGAAAAGGAUGGUAAGUUUUCAUUUAUAGAUGAACUUAAUGCUGCAAAGGAAGAUAUUCCUGAUGAUAUUCCUGAUAUGUCAAUCUAUGAGAAUGAUAUAGAAUAUAUAAACAAAAGAGAUGAUCUUUAUGAAGAAUAUGAACAAAUCACUCAAAAUCCUGACGGAACAAUUUUAGUACCUUUUUCAAUGUGGAAAUUAGCUGAAGCUGAAUCAACUAGUCCUAGGAAAAAGACAUAUAGUCAAAUUAUCAAUAUGGAUUUGGUUAAACCGUUUUCAAAGAGGGGGAGUAUGAUUCAAGCCAUGGCUUCAGCAAAUGAUACCGAUUGUCAACCAAUCACUUGGUAUAACAUCUUCCAUUAUAGUAUUUUUGGUGAGCCUAAGUUUUGUAAUGACAGUUAG